ACGAAGAAGAAGAUGGACGAUAGUUCACCUACCCGGGAUGUUAAUCUAUUUACUAAUAUAUGACUUUGUUUAUUUGACGGUUAGGCUUCUAUAUUCUUGCUUAAACUUCCGAAUCACUUCAGAUAGAUAUAGUGAGGGGGGAAAUUUCAUCUUUAAAUAGUGGGAUAUAUAUUAUUUUGCUUUGUUGUUGUUGUUAUUGUAAUUGUUAUUAUUAUUUCUUUCUAAAACUCCGAGUAUGUUUUUCCUGGCCAACACAUUAGCCCCAGUCACUGAAGAUGCACCGGAGUGUUUAAGCCAGUUAGUUUCUGUUCGUUUUACGCUCUGGGAUAUGGAAGUUUUGCAAAAUGCCGAGGGAGAAACAAAUAAAUAUAAGCCGGGGGGGCGACUGGAUAUGAGCCACGGUUUCCUGCACCACAUUCGAAGAAAUCAGAUUGCCAGGGAUGAUUAUGACCGGGAGGUUAAACAGGCCAAAGAGCAGCAGAAGCGCAGACACACGGCGGCCCCGCGGCGACCCCGCAGACCAGACCGGGAGGUUUAUCAUCCCCGCCAUCGCAGCGGCUCAGAGGCCGGCGCUGGCGGCGAGGUGGAGGAGUGGAACGAGAGCGGCGGCUCGAGCACAGAGCAGGAGAACACAGGCACUGAACUCUUCUGGCUCGACUACCAGGCUGACAGCGGACACGUAACGUCCUUCCUCGUCUAUAAGGAGGACGAGCCAGAACGUGUCGUAGAACGGGUGGAGCAGAAGAACACUCUGGACACGGCGAUGAGGGCGGCGCUGUUGGGACGAAUCUGCAGAGAAAUGGAUAAGCGGCGAGACAAACGCUGAGGUUCGAAAGGAAAGCAACGAUGGAUGGCUUUCUACAACAAUACAGACUGUUGUAAUGUGUGAGACCCACACACACACACACACACACACACACACACACCGACCCCUGAGUCUGACGUAAACUGAUAGGAACUUACAGGAGCACCGGGAACGCAACAGUACAGAUGUUCACGCAGAUGUUCUUCGUCUCUGUACACAGACAGGAAGAAAAACGGGGACGUUUCUACAACGUGGAAAUAAUCUCGCGUCACACGUGGUGAUAUUUAUAUCCUGUCGUUAGGACGGUGCGGGAGAUGGAUGUAAGCGCAACUCAAAAUCGAGAAGGACAUCUUUAACGCUCACCUUUGACGCUCCUCCAUUUGCGUGCUAACCGCGCAUCUUUCCGCGCUGUUUGAGGAUUUAUUGUAUAGAGUAGUGCGCAGUGUUGUAAUGUUCAGCUCGGGAUCAGACGCAAAAGAUUUCUGAAACCAAACGGUAAUAGUUUUUCCAACUGUACGUAGUGAUGCGGAGAAAACAACACAAACCAGCCACGUGACCCUGACUCUUUUUUUGACAUUUUAAAAAAAAACCCACACACAUCAUCAGAGAAAUCACAUGACGGUUCCGGCACCCGAACGCGAGACGUUCGAGGUCGUUCCCCGCACAUUUCACACAUAGACAUCUUAUUAAUGUUUAUUUAUAAUGGUCACGUUGGGGUCGAGGAGAGCUUCUCUCUUAUUGAUUUCUUUUUUACCAGAAGCGAUUCAUGAACUGUACGACUUUUUUUUAAUGACAUUGACUUCUUUUGGUUGUAGGGAGAGAUUUUUAUUUUUGUAACUGUGUUCUCUGUGCUAAAAAAAUAUAUAUAUAUUAAAGCAUGCUGAAGAAUCAA